UUGGGUUUCACUAAAUCAGUUUAAAAACAAAAAAUAGCCCCUUUGCUUAAAAGGGAGGAGCUUUGUGCAUAGCCCAGGCCUUUAGUUAGCCUGUGUGACUUGGAAUCUAAACAAGACCCGUACCUGUGAGAUCCCACCCCUCAGCAGAGAGGCUGCCGCCCACCACUCCUCUUAUGCCCCGAAGCAAGCCCACUUCUGAUUUUAAUCAGGAGUCUCACUACUUUGUGCAUUUCUUAAAGCCCAAGCUCCUGGAGUCAUGUGAUUAGGUGAGACUAUCAGAUUUUUUUUUUUUUUUUAGUUUCUAGCCCUCCUGGUUUCACAGAAAACAACAAUCUUGAAAGCAUGACCCAAGAAUUCCCUGAAAGCUCAGAAAGCAAACCCAAUGAAUGUAUUUGUUCUUUUAAAGCCAAUCUCCUGAUUUCAGGGGCCUGGCUCAUGGUUUGUGUACACUUGGGGUUGGCGAUAGAGAAAGAAAAGUGGAGGAGAGUAGAGAGUGAAUAAAGGGGAAAGCCUGAUCCCAAAAUCCUCCCCACUUCCUGCCCCCAAAAUCCUUUCCUCAGUCAAAUGAGAUUAUUUAAGUGCAUCCGAAGCAGGAAGACUGUGAAAGAAUUUCUGAGCCGGCAGGGUUUAAAUAGAGCAAGGAAGGAAGAUAAGGACAUUGCUGAGAAGCCAAAUGAUUUCUUUGCAUCGCCGUGGCUGUUCGGGGAAUACCUACCCCAGACCUGCUCUUUCCUGGUAAUGAAGCUGAGGUGCGGUUAAAGCCAGAGGGUUCAGACAAGGUGGUGGUAGCACCAUGAAUCAUCAGGCCCGGUUCAUUAUUUGUAUAGCAGAAGCAAGUCACGGGCCAGGCCCCUGUCAUGUUAGGUCGGUACAAGCUCUAUACGCUCAGGAGUUCUGAGGGAGCUCAGGUGUGAGGGGGCUGAGCUGCCAGCAAUGAUCUCUCACUCAGAGCAGCUACCCUACCAGAAGGCUGUAGGCAUACAGCCUUGUGUACAGCCUCUAAUUACACAACCACAUCCUGUUCCACACCCCCUCACCUGCCUCAUUCAGGUGACACACACAACUGUAAAUCUGAAAUGACAGAAGCUCCAGCCCUUGGAACCAUAUUGAUCCCACAUGGAUCAUCAGCAAGGGUGGGACCUUUAGAUCCACAGCACAGACUUCUACCCCUUGAGCUAAUGAAAUGGUAGCAGUAGUAGGCUAUUUUCUUAUGCAGACCACUACAAAAGGGACACGGACACACACUUUGCCACUGGGUUUCACAGUUAUUUGCAAAGCAGCAGAGGAGUGUUGACUCAGAAAUCCUGUUCUCUUUUAUAUUCUGGAAGGGAGAGUUCAAGUGAUUAAAGAUUCAUUUCUCCCCCUUGAGCCAGUUCCUUUCAUAUCCCUACAACCCCAUCCCCGUCUGUCCCCGUCACCACAGCUCCUGCCUCCAUCACCACUGCUACUAGCCCCUGCCCCACCUUCCUUACCCUGUUCUCUGUGCCUGUCCCCCACCUUGAAAGCAGAGAGGAGAGGAACAGAGAAGGAGGAAGCAACCAGCAGGAGCAUUGACAGCACAUGAACAAUCUCACUGCUCUCACGCUUCAGUGGCCAGGAGCAGCAAUGGGGGGAAAGUCCGGCUCAGCCCCUGCAGCCCUGAUGGUUCUCCCUCUAGGAGAAGUCUCUCUGUGGGAAAUGUACUUCCAAGGUUGAGGCUCCUCUAAGGCUCUGAGCACGUGCAAACAUCUACAUUCAGAGGAUUAGAGCUUGGCCAAAUUUAGACAGCUUUCCAGAGGAUGAGCAAAAGGCACCUCCCUGCCCUAGUAUCUAGUCUUGGUGCCAACACCCCAUUAAGAACAUGAGGUGUUUCAGCCACACAGAGCUUGCUUCAGGCUGGCUGCAGACUCAGGCAGACUUUCCUGCUUUAGAUACACUUGCUACACAUUGCACAGGAAAAGCUUGACAACGAACUUAGCUUUUUACUUAAAUAAAAGGUAAUAAGACACUGAUGUCAUCCCCUAACUCCAGGAGUUGGAGCUAGGUCUACAGCCCCAUCUAUGCCUUAGUCUGGCCUUAUUUUGCACAUUACCUGAGCUCUGCAGGGUUGGGAGCGGACUGGGUACGACAGCUGUGUUGGCACUGAGUCACCCCGUGAAGCAGGAUAUGCUUUUCUAGGAGUACUCCACCCUCGCUGAGCGAGAAGACAGAUAUCGCAGGUAGAAGAAACUGAGAUCACUCCUGCUGAAGCGAUAGGUGCCGCCAGCCGGCCUCACCUGAGCGCUGCCAAAGGGAUUUCACAGCAUGUCCGUGCAGCAGAGAAAGAACAGGGCUGUCAUCAUUGUCAAUUACGAGUUCCAUGGCAGCUCUGAGCUGCUGAAACACAGGAAAGGGGCCAAGAGAGAAGCAGACAAGCUGUUUAAAGCAUUAUCCAAACUCAACUAUGCAGUGAAGCUGCACUAUGACCAGGAAGCCCAGGAAAUAGAGGAGAUCUACCGGCAAGAGAGCCGGGAAGAGCAUGGUGAUUGCUUUGUCAGCAUUCUGUCCAGCCACGGCGAGGAGGGGGCCAUAUAUGACUGCAGGGGAGAGCUGCUCAAGCUGACAAGGAUUUUCCAGAUGUUAUCCCCACAAAGGUGCCCAGUGCUAGCUGGAAAGCCCAAGAUCUUCUUCAUACAGGCCUGCCGUGGGAAUGUGACAGAUCCAGGUGUGUGGGUGGAGACAGACAGCGGCCGGCCCCCAGCAGACAGCUUCUCGCACUACCUCUCCAUCCCUGACAGCACCCGGCCCCCAGCAGACAGCUUCUCGCACUACCUCUCCAUCCCUGACAGCACCGCCGUGAUGUUCGCCUGCAGCCCAGGCUACAGCGCUUUCCUCAGUCUGGGGGGCUCCGUGUUUCUCCAGACCUUGCUGGAGUUUCUGGAAGGAGAUGAGCGGCAUCUUGAACUUGCACGUCUAAUGACCCGCAUCAGCUGGAAAGUCGCGUUUCACUGGGAAGCCAAAGGGGAAUACCAGGGGGAAAAGGAAAUGCCCUGCUUUGUCACCAACAUGGUGCGAGAGGUUUAUCCAUUCUCCAUCCAAACCACGGAAAGCAGCAGCCUCUGAGAACUCAGAUCUCGCUGGAGGGAGCCACCAGCUGCUUUCCAACUCUUUCAGGAGUGCUGUGCAUGGCCAGUGACUGCAAGAGAAUCACAGAGCGCGUGAGGGCCAGCAGCAUUUCUGUCCUGACAGAUUACUGAGUCCACGGGACUGGGACUUUUGUGUUGUAUGAGCAAAUGAAAGGCCAUGCACCUCUCUAGUGCUCUAUGAAUAAUAAAACUAACAUUGCACUAUUAUUUAAAACAUGUUCUAGAGACUGUUUGAUUCUGG